UUUGUCGUGGACAAAUUGGGGUUUCUUUAAACUCCACAAUCAAUAAUAAUUUCUUGCCCAUUCCAACUUCAUCGUCAUUGCCAUCGAAAAAAUAAAAUAAAAAAUAAAAUAAAAAAAGAACAAGAAAAAAUACCCAAUCGAUAGGGCUGCUGCGUGCUCGUCGAAGAUUGCGGGAGAAGUAGUCGACCCUAUGCUUUGAUUAAUGUCGUACAAACACAAACUGGAAACGUAUUGAACAUUUGAAAAGUUUACCUAUGGGCUACAUUAAGGAAUUCGAUAAAGCCGCGAUAGGCAGCGCUUUCAUCCUAAAGGACAAUCGUGAUAACGGGCUUUCGACUGAGGAAACAUCUUGUGAUGAGGCCAUCCAAUUCUACACACCGCCGGGCUCGAUUCCGUGUACUUUCUGCGCGAACGACGACAGCUGUCACAUCGUUCGUACGAGGACAAAGAUGAUGAACAUUCUGCUCGAUCGCGGGAAGCCUCGGGAGGCCCGGACGGUUUUCAACAAUUUGAUCCGUGCCGGGCACAAGCCGUCGCUCGUCACAUACACGACGCUUUUAGCUUCGCUGACCGUCGAGAAACGCUUCGAGUACAUACAUUCAAUCAUCUCGCAGGUGGAGGAGAACGGACUGAAGCCCGAUUCCGUGUUCUUCAACGCCGCCGUCAACGCGUUCGCCGAGUUGGGGGACAUGGAGGAAGCCGUCAAAACGUUGACGAGAAUGAAGGAGAAUGGGAUGAAACCGACGACGAGCACGUUCAAUACGUUGAUCAAAGGUUACGGGAUCGCCGGAAGACCCGAGGAGUCGGCAAGGAUGAUGGAGCUGAUGUCGAAGGAAGAGAACGUCAAACCGAACUUGCGGACGUAUAACGUUCUCGUUCGGGCGUGGUGUAACAAAACAAAGUUCGAAGAAGCUCGGGACGUGAUCUCGUCGAUGGUAGUGUCGGGUAUACAGCCCGACGCGAUCACAUACAACACGUUGCUGACAGCUUAUGCUCAAAACGGUCAUAUGAACGACGGGGAAGACUUGAUCGUCGAAAUGCGAGGAAAUAACGUGCAGCCGAACGAACGAACUUGCGGCAUCGUAAUCGCCGGGUACUUUAAGGAAGGUCGGAUACGGGACGCUUUGAGAUUCGUUUACACGAUGAAGGAUAUCGGCGUGCGCCCGAAUCUCAUUGCUUUCAACUCAUUGAUCAAAGGUUUCCUCAACACCUCCGAUAGAGACGGAGUCGAAGAGGUUCUUACGUUGAUGGGCGAGUUUGGAGUGAGACCUGACGUGAUCACUUUCAGCACGAUCAUGAACGUGUGGAGCACCGCCGGGUACAUGAUCAAAUGCCGCGAGAUUUUCGACGACAUGGUAGCGGCUGGGAUCAAGCCCGAUGUCCACGCGUACAGCAUUCUCGCAAAAGGCUACGUCCGCGCGCAAGAACCUGAUAAGGCGGAAGAGCUUCUCGACGGCAUGACGAGCUCCGGCGUUCACCCGAAUGUGGUGAUCUUCACAACCGUAAUCAGCGGAUGGUGUAGCGCCGGUUCGAUGGAAUCAGCCAUCCGGGUUUUCCAGAAAAUGGUCGAGCGUAACACUUCCCCGAAUCUGAAAACAUUUGAAACGCUGAUCGGGGGUUACGCCGAGGCCAAGAAGCCGUGGAAAGCGGAAGAAAUGCUCGGCCUCAUGGAGGAAUUCAGCAUUCGACCGGAGAAGACAACUUUUCAGAUGGUUGCCGAGUCGUGGAGAGCUGUCGGAUUAACCAAAGAGGCGAACAGGGUUAGCGGUGCGUAUAAGAAGUUAGAUAACCGGCCAGCGUUUCCGGUCGAGAGCUUGGAGAAGAUUUAUCAGAAGGAAGCCAUGAACACGAGACUUCAGAUACCGAACAUUGCUGCGGGCGAUCAAAAAGGUUCAUGUGGAACGAACCAAAUCGUGCCGCCGCCGCCUACAAAAACACCGCCGAUGGUUCGCCGGAGGCGUUUCCAGGGGCAGCUUUGCGUGUCGGGACAAAUUGCGCCGAUAUGUACAGUCCUGUUAUUGAACUAAAACAUAGAGAGGCUGUUAUGUAUAUAAAAUAACUAUGCACUACGAGUCUGCUCGACUCAAUUCAACAAUAGACUGUUUGUUACAUA